CUUCUCCAGCAGACACUAGGCGGCCCUAGGGGGCGUCAGCAUGGGGAAGAGUGUCUGUGUAACACUGCGGGCUGAGCGGAGGGAAUGGGAUGGGCGGGGUGUCGGGAUAGGGGCGUUCGGGAGGGACGCGUAUUGCUGUGACACUGCGGGGACUCUCUGAGGGGACGGGUGUCGGUGUGGCACCAGUGCACGCUGAAGGAGCCGGCGGAACCGGGUGGCCAUGGGGAUGUGGGCAUUGCUGGACGCGAUGUGGGAGAUGCCGGCCGAGAAGCGUAUCUUCGGGGCCGUGCUGCUCUUCUCCUGGACAGUGUAUCUCUGGGAGACCUUCCUAGCACAGCGGCAGAGACGGGUAUAUAAAACUACAACUCAUGUGCCACUGGAGUUAGGACAGAUCAUGGAUUCAGAAACAUUUGAGAAAUCUCGACUGUAUCAGCUGGAUAAAAGUACUUUCAGCUUCUGGUCAGGACUCUAUUCAGAGGUUGAAGGCACUCUUAUUCUUCUCUUUGGAGGAAUUCCGUACCUCUGGAGACUCUCAGGGCGCUUCUGUGGUUAUGCUGGCUUUGGACCAGAAUAUGAGAUCACUCAGUCCUUGGUGUUUCUGCUGUUGGCUACACUUUUCAGUGCAUUGACUGGUUUGCCAUGGAGUCUUUAUAAUACUUUUGUGAUAGAAGAAAAACAUGGUUUCAAUCAACAGACUUUGGGGUUCUUCAUGAAAGAUGCGAUCAAGAAAUUUGUUGUGACUCAGUGCAUUUUAUUACCUGUAUCUUCACUUCUACUUUACAUUAUUAAAAUUGGAGGAGACUAUUUUUUUAUUUAUGCCUGGCUGUUCACGCUAGUUGUGUCUCUGGUGCUUGUCACCAUCUAUGCUGAUUACAUUGCCCCUUUAUUUGACAAAUUCACCCCUCUUCCUGAGGGAAAGCUGAAACAAGAAAUCGAAGUCAUGGCGAAGAGUAUUGACUUCCCUUUGACUAAGGUGUAUGUUGUUGAAGGAUCUAAACGCUCUUCCCACAGCAAUGCUUAUUUUUAUGGCUUCUUCAAGAACAAGCGAAUAGUUUUGUUUGACACUCUACUAGAAGAGUAUUCUGUACUAAACAGAGACAUCCAGGAGGAGUCUGGCAUGGAACCCCGCAAUGAUGGAGAAGGGGACAGUGAAGAAAUAAAAGCUAAAGUUAAAAAUAAGAAACAAGGAUGUAAAAAUGAAGAGGUGCUUGCUGUACUAGGCCAUGAACUGGGGCACUGGAAGUUGGGACACACAGUCAAAAAUAUCGUUAUUAGCCAGAUGAAUUCUUUCCUGUGUUUUUUCUUGUUUGCUGUAUUAAUUGGUCGAAAGGAGCUGUUUGUUGCAUUUGGUUUUAAUGACAGCCAGCCCACUCUGAUUGGACUAUUGAUCAUCUUCCAGUUUAUUUUUUCACCUUAUAAUGAGGUUCUUUCUUUUUGCCUAACAGUCCUCAGCCGCAGAUUUGAGUUUCAAGCCGAUGCGUUUGCCAAGAAACUUGGGAAGGCCAAAGACUUAUAUUCUGCUUUAAUCAAACUAAACAAAGACAACUUGGGAUUCCCUGUUUCUGACUGGUUGUUUUCCAUGUGGCAUUAUUCUCAUCCUCCACUAUUAGAGAGACUUCAAGCUCUGAAAAAUUCAAAACAAGACUGAGUUGCCCAGGGUCUGCAGCUGAAGACAUUUCUGAUUAUUUUCUGUCCUGGCAGCAUGUUCUGGCUCUUGAUGUUUUUAACUUUUUUUUUUUAAGGAAAAAUGAUUAAGUACAGAAAAGCGAAGCUUUAAAUACAUUUAAUAUCUCAUUUCAAAAAUGAUUUUAAUAAUCCAUUUCUUAAAGAAAACACUGGAUGAAAUUUUGAGGCUUAAUGUUUUUAAAGGCAUAGUUUUAUCUUUAAAAUCUAGUUUACCAUCAACUUGUAAAAUUAUUUCAGAAAAUACAGAACUUGUUUUAUUUACAUGUUUAUACGGAACCUGCAUAUAAGGUAUUUGGGGGCAUAUGUUUAAAAGGGAACACCACCUCUGAAUUCUCUCUGUAAGGCAGAAACAGUGGUCCCGAAUCACUGUGCUCAUACCUAAGUUGAAACUUAUUUCUACUUUUAUGCUGUUAUGAUUUAAGCUGGCCAAUCAGUGUUUUAAAUAAGGAAAAAAAAAAUAAUUCAUAAGGCUGAUGUUAUACAACUGAAAGUAGUUAGAAAUAUGUACAGAGUAUUUUAAAUCAUUGGGUUUUCUUUUUGUUUUUUAGAAAAUUUCAGUCUUUAUCUUUCUUUCCACCUGGUGGGUAUGAUCCCCCUAGGGGUUAUAUAGUAUUAUCCCAAACAUUCAGCUUUUUUCAUUCAUACUCUUAAGUAUUCAAUAAAUAGUGCAUCCUUUUACUUAGCAGAAAUUGCCAUAUUGAACAGGUUUUGCUGUUAAAAGUGGGAGAAUUGUGGAAAGAAGAAGAAGUGACAUUUUAAAAGGCAUAAGAAUGAAAUACUGAUGAUUCUCUUAUGAUGUUACAGGAAAAAAUAUAAUUUUCUAUCUCUUUGGACAGAAAAGUUUGUUUUUAUUUUUCUAAUUUUUAUCAGUAAGUCAUGAGUACUAUUUUAUUUAAUCAGGCAUAAUUCCAUUUUAGAAAAUUAUAGUUCUUGAUAAUGCAGGCAGUUUUUAUUUUCAAAACAAACGUCAUGAAAGAUUUCCAGUUUCUGAAGCUGCAUGUUUGACUCAAAUCUCUGUUCACUUUCUGAAUGAGACCCAACUUUGUGCCCAGAGUCCCACCCACUGGUGAUGUAUAUACCUUCUGGGCAUUUAUUCCAAAGUGGGAUCAACUGUGUGCGCUUGGCCUCUGGCCAGAAAGUCUUUUGCUUUUGGAUGAUGUCUCUACAUGGAAACAUAAUAAAAACAAGCCUCUAGUUUAGUACCGCAUUAUUUAUUUUCCUGAGGAACAGUCCUGUGACUUUAUCCAGCAUCUUUUACCUAUGAGUUCAUGCUGUGAUAACCGCCCUUCCUUCCUUUCUUGCCUUUAAAUACAGUUCUACACCAGUGAAACAUUAAAAAUUGCCAGUGCAGAUUGA